GUGAACCGGAAGUACUUUUUUUAGUGUUGCUGACGAGACGCAGCUUGCAUAAAUUAGUAUUUGGAGAUUAUUUGAAAAUAUUUCAUAUUUAGUUUGACUUUGGAUGCGAAACUUAGUCGAUGGUGGUGCCAAUACAAUGCUUAAGUGUUAUGGUUUACAUAACUCCAUCAACAGUCGUCAAUCUGGUGCUUUUCGUUAAUGGAAAGCACUCUUACCUAAUUUAGUGGAGUUAACGUUAGUUACCUGGAAAGUUAGUUAUCCAGUUAGCUAACUAGCUAGCUAAAUGUGACAGUAUGCUAACGUUAUCUGAAGAUGAUAGCUAGCUAAAAGACAGAAGCUAGCUAACUAGGUAUGGCGUGUAUAUUUUGACCAUAGCGUUAGCCAGUAACUAAGGCUAGCCUAGCUAGAAGGAAUUAUCAGCUACUAACUAACGGUAGCUAGCUGGGACUUUUUGUAGUUUUACUAAAUUGUUUUCCUCUGUGGAUUUGGUCUACGGCCGAGAGAAUGGAGGAUACCGAUGAUGACGUGCCUCUCAUCCUGACCUGGGAUGAUGCGAACAGCGGUCUGUUGAGUGAGGAGACAGAGAGGGGAGACGAGAGAGGUGACCUCACUUCCUGUCUAGAACUUGAAGGACAUGCAGUAGCAUGUUAGCCCCUGAGUGUCCUUGGAGGUGUGUGAACGCUGGACCUGUGGACUGUGAAUGACACACACACACGUUCAAACACACAUACCUGAACAAACACUCACAGUCCUGGACCACUGGAGGCCAUUAGAGCCAUGGAGUGUUCGUCCGUGCUGGUGGAGACUGCUGGUAUCCAUGACAACAGUGUAGAGUUGACCCUGGAGGAGAGUCCAGCCCUCAUCUCCUCAUUCUGCAACGAGCUAGACUGCAUGGAUGGAGGAGGGGGGUAUGACAUCGUGAAUAACCAGGUGAUACCAACACCGGGGCCACCACCAAACUACAGAUCACACAAUGCCUCACUUCAACAAAGCUGGGAGAUGAACUACCAGGAAGCAGCGAUCUAUCUACAGGAAGGAGAGAACAAUGAUAAGUUCUUUACACACCCUCGGAACCCCAAGGCGCUGGCAGCGUACCUAUUUGCUCACAACCACCUGUUCUACAUGAUGGAGCUGCUAACAGGAGUCCUGCUGAUGGUCCUGUCACUCUGUGAGGCUCCCGCUGUACCAUCACUACGCCUGGAUGUUUACGUCCAUGCCACUCUGGAGUUACUGGCUCUGGUUAUGGUGGCGUUUGAACUGUGUAUGAAGCUGCGCUGGCUCGGCUUCCACACAUUCAUCAGACACAAGAGGACCAUGGUGAAGACUUGUGUGCUGCUGCUCCAGUUUGUGGAGGCCAUAGUGGUUCUGAUCCGGCAGACAUCGCACCUGCGUGUGACCAGAGCUCUCAGACCCAUAUUCCUGGUGGAUUGCAGAUACUGUGGUGCCGUGCGAAGAAACCUGCGUCAAAUUUUCCAGUCCCUUCCCCCUUUUAUAGACAUCCUGCUGCUGCUCCUCUUCUUCAUGGUCAUCUUUGCCAUCCUGGGCUUCUGUCUGUUCUCCCCUAAUACUUCUGAUCCGUACUUCAACACUCUGGAGAACAGCAUCGUGAGUCUUUUUGUGCUCGUGACCACCGCAAACUUCCCAGAUGUGAUGAUGCCAGCUUACUCUCGCAACCGCUGGUCCUGUGUCUUCUUCAUUGUCUACCUCUCCAUAGAACUUUACUUCAUCAUGAACUUGCUCCUGGCGGUGGUGUUUGAUACGUUUAACGGUGUUGAGAAGAUGAAGUUUAAAUCUCUGCUGCUUCACAAACGCUCUGCUAUCGACCAUGCCUUCCAACUUCUGGUCAGCAGACAGAGGCCAAUGGGUGUGUCUCUGAAGCAGUUCGAUGGUCUGAUGCGUUUCUACAGACCUCGUAUGUCAUCCAGAGACCGCUUCCUCACAUACAAGGCCCUCAACACUGCAGGAGCACCCAUGCUCAGCCUGGAUGACUUUUAUAAGUUCUAUGAAGUCAUCGGUCUCAAAUGGAAGGCACGGCGGAGCGGGGAACACUGGUUUGAUGAUCUUCCACACACUACUUUUCUUAUCUUCAAAGGCAUCAACCUGCUGGUCAAGUCUAAAGCCUUCCAGUAUACCAUGUAUGUGGUGGUGGCCGUUAACGGAGUGUGGAUCUUAGUAGAGACCUACAUGUUGAAUAGUGGAUUCUCCUGGUCCAGAAUGGUUCCCUGGAGCUACAUCGUCUUCCUCACGAUCUAUGGGGUGGAGGUGUUGUUGAAGUUAACAGGUUUGGGGCCGUUGGCCUACUUCAGCUCUGGCUGGAACCUGUUUGACUUCUCUGUGACUGUGUUUGCCUUUCUGGGCUUGAUUACUCUGGCCUUCGACAUGGAGCCCUUCUACUUCAUUGUGGUGCUCAGACCGCUGCAGCUACUCAGGUUGUUUAAGAUAAAGCAGCGGUAUCGCAAUGUGUUGGACACCAUGUUUGAACUCUUCCCAAGGAUGGCAAGUCUGGGGCUGACACUGAUUAUCUUCUACUACUCCUUUGCCAUCGUGGGGAUGGAGUUCUUCGCUGAUGUAGUUUACCCUAACUGCUGCAAUACCAGUACAGUAGCAGAUUCCUACAGGCAGAUCAAUGUAACCAUAGGCAACAGGACGGUGCUGGACGAGGGCUACUACUAUCUCAACAACUUCAACAAUAUCCUCAGCAGCUUUGUGACUCUGUUUGAGCUGACUGUGGUAAACAACUGGUACAUCACCAUGGAAGGCGUGACAUCCAUGACCACUCACUGGAGCCGCCUCUACUUCAUGACCUUCUACAUCGUCACCAUGGUGGUGAUGACCAUCAUCGUUGCCUUCAUCCUGGAUGCGUUUGUGUUCCGUAUGAACUACAGCCGGAAGAACAAAGAACCACUGUUAGAUCCUGAGGAUGAGAACGGUAUAGUGUUUGAGGCAGAGGUGAGUCGUGACGAGGCGUUGGCCACUCUGGAGCUUUAUAAGAAGACGUGUCCAGGGCUCUCCUCACUUAACUCUCUACAGGGAGUACUGCUGGCCAUGGACCGCAGUGGGAGCUCGUCUCUGGUGUAUCUGGGUCGGAGGUCGCGGACCAAGAGUGACCUCAGCAUGAAGAUGUACGAGGAGGAGAUUCAGGAGUGGUAUGCUGAGUACUCCAGAGAGAAUUUACCCCAGUCAGACAGAAGCCUAGUGGAGAGAGAGCUGGACAUCCCUCCUCCCUGCCCUGAACGAGAAUCCUAACCCCAGCUCAACUCACAAGGACUACUUAGCACCAACUAAUACUCACUGUUUCUCUCUUUCAAACACACCUCUUUGACUUCAGUCAUCAUGCCACAGAGCACGCUGAACUAAAUGUUUUCCACAAUGACAGAGACACACUCAACACUCCAUCUCUUCCCUCCCUCCACCCAUCCUGAGGGAUUGUACUCUGGCAUCCUGUUGGACAGUCGGGAUGUGGACAGAUGUGAUGUCACUGGACUACAGCCUGGAUCCCAGCAGUGAUUUGUGUUGAUAUAAAUCAUGUUGUUUUCUCUCUGACUGGAUCGCAGUGUUCAAACAGGUUUAAGAGCUUUAUCUAACCCCAACCCUUACAGGACUUAGUCUGCUGAUGCAUGGAUAGGAGAAGCAGAGCAUCGAUGGAUGGCUUAGAGGUCAGGGUUUUUAAGUGUUAGGGUUAGGCCCUCUAGCUGUGAGACGGAGCUGAUGUUCAGGACCUGAAUACGAUGAGACACUAGGAUGGAUUUGGGAUUUCACAGUACUCUAA